AGCGCUGAUCCUGUCUAUUAUGUAACCUGUCAGCCGGUGUAUUCGAUGAGAAUCUUAUUAGUGGGAAAAGGCCACAGCCUCGUUAAUUAUCGCGGAAUAUUUGGAGAAUGUUACAUCAUAUGAGUUCGCAAUUCUCGCAGGUGAUGACAUAACGCGCUGUUAAUUUCCGUUUAACGUAAAGCGGGACUCGAUAACGCGAAUUUCGCAUUUACGUUACAUUUCGCGGUACUACUAUCUACCGGAGAGAGUGCAACCAUCUGCGGUUGCGAUAAAAAUUAUAUUACAAGGAGGCACGGCAAUCGGGCAAGAUGAGCGACCAGGAGGAUCUGGAUUAUUACAUCAUGUUCCCAUCCUUUCCGCCAUCUCCGAAGGAUCCGACGCUGACCGGGCAGGAUCAACGGGAAGAAUUUGUGUUUGUGUACGAGGAGGACAAGCGACCGGUCGUGAUCUUGCUAGGAUGGGCCGGCUGUCAGGACCGAUACCUGGCCAAGUAUAGCGCGAUCUACGAAGAGAAAAGUUGCAUUACGCUGCGUUAUACGGCGCCGGUGGAAUGCCUGUUUUGGCGCCGGGAUAAGAUGCCGUACAUCGGCAAGCGGUUGCUGCAAGUGAUCACCGACAAGCGAUUGAACGAGCAUCCGAUAUUCUUCCACGUCUUCAGCAACGGUGGCGCGUUCCUGUAUCAGCACGUCAGUCUCGCGAUGCAAAAGGCUAACACGUUGUUCAAGAUCAGGGGAGUGAUAUUCGACAGUGCGCCUGGCGAGAGAAGAAUAACGGCUCUUUUCAAGGCAAUCAGCGCGAUCAUCGGUGGUCAUCCUCUCACGAAUUUGCCGAUGUCGUUUGUUCUCACGUUCUUCCUCUCCGUACUCUGGUUCUUCGAGGUAAUUGCGCAGGCAUUCAGUAGAUCGCCCAUUCCGACAGAUCCGAUCGCCCUCGCCGAGGAAACCUAUUCCUGGCCUCAACUGUUUCUGUAUUCCAACAGCGAUACCCUGAUUCCGGCGUCUGACGUCGAGAAGUUCGCUAGCCGGCGAGCUGAACGGGGCGUAAACGUGCAGCUGGUCCUGUUUACCAAUUCGCCGCAUGUCAAGCACUAUGCGACUUACCGGGAUGUCUACGUCAACACCGUGUGCAGCUUCAUCCACGAAUGCCUGAUCUCGCCGAGCCAGUCGAGGAGCCUGAUGGAUAUUCGCGAUGAGGAUCGCGGCUCCCAGAAUUACGAUGCCCCGAGCCUCACCAAGCGCGUUGUGUUGCCCCAUGAGGCCACCAAGCAGAACUAGAAAAAUCGAGAGACGCUAUUAUUAGAUAAAAUAGUCAUCCGCUAUGUGGAGUAUCGCGCUGGAGGCGGCGCAGGUUUUACAGGUGCAAGGAAGAGAGGAUAUUUAUUAAUUACACAAUUCUUAUAUAUACAUUUUAUAAGAAGAAUCUAUAAAACACGAGUGAAAAGAUAAAAGAAAUCGCUUGGAAUCCGUGAUUACGAUCUCUUAAUUUUCGAUUCUUCAAGUUAAUUUUUAAUCAUUAGUAGAAUACAUCUUUUUAUUAAGUUAAAAAAGGAAUGGUUGAUUAUGUAAAUGAACUAAACUGAAAAGAGAAAUAAAGAUUCUCUGAAAAAUUUUAAAAGCAAUUCCCGUUUUCGAAGAUUAAGAGUUGCAAAAUUACACGGAAUAAAUUCCUCGCGAUUCUCAUUUUAUAUGAUAACGAGGCGAUGUCCGAGAUGCUGGAAACGGUGCUACGUCUGUUGAUGCAUAGAGCUAUUUUAUAUGAAGGUGGAUUAUUAUUUUCGAAAAAUUAUUCAAAUGAAAAACGUGAAUUUUUCAUGAAGCGAGAAUGCAUACACACACGGUGGCGUAAGAUCUUUAAAGUUUUGUUCGUUGUAUUUCGACAUAAAAAUUUAAUUAAAAUAGAAAGACUUUUAUCAAUAUAUUUAUUCUCUAUUUUGCGAUAAUGAUUAAUUUUCGCAACUUGAAUAUACUCUAAUUUCCUGCGAUUAAUAAAACUUUCGAGACACAUAGUGCCGCUAUAAUUUUCAGCAGAUGAGAAACGAGAUGCCUAAAUUAUGUGCACUGUUUGCGGCAUCGUGAGCCUUGUCAAAAUUCCGUAAUUUUUCGCAAAAACCGAUACUGCGUCCUCUCUCCUUUGCCUCAGUUUCCUUUACGUUAUGCCCGUCCCAGCUUGAUUCUUCCUCUUUUUUUCGUCAUUUCUUCCGCCACCGCGUGUCCGAGCGAUCGUUAUUUUAGAAGCUCGUAGACACGAAUGCAUUAUUUUAUGCAUCUCGCAUAACGGUCUGAAUAAUUGUCCGAAUCUUGCUCGUCGGAUCAGAAUGCGUAUUUUUCUUCAAUUAAAAUGACGCGAGAACGAUUCGAAGAUUUGAAGAGAUUUCUAGAGAAAAUCAUGCAACGCAAUGUUAUCGCUUUUUUUCCUACGCAAAGAAAAGAACCCGCACAAAAGAAUCAAGCUGGACUUGAUUUAGCUUUCGCAAUUCACGAUCCGAGUACAUGAUAGUACUUAAUCGACUCGGAAAAAAAAUAAAGAAAUCUUCUUUCGUGUCCUGAAUUAUAACAGUGAUAAAAACUUUCGGGAACCUCGAUGCUCGAGAGUAUAGUUGUAUUAGAAUAAAUCUCUCGUUAAAAUACACAUCUCUAAACAAAUAAUAUAAAUAAUAUAAAUAUAUUUUGAUCUGUCGAUUAGAGUUAUAUGAAUAAAGACUGAUA